UCUAACAUGGCGACCCUCACUGGGUAACUUGUCGAAAACGUUGCGUAUUUUCAAAAAUUGGACAGUUUGUUAGCCAUUAGGUUAUCUAAAUCUACUAUAUAAUUACCAGUAAUCUGUAAGAUUAUCAAAUCUGUAUGUAUUUCCGCCAUGUAUCGCCGUGGAGCUGCAAAAAAAGACCACAACACCAAACCUGUGAAGAAGGACGUGAGUGACAGCGAUAAAUAUGCGGACCUCUUGGUUUUCGGCUAUGCCUGCAAACUGUUCCGAGACGACGAAAAGGCUAUUUACCACGAGCACGGAAAACAUCUUAUCCCAUGGAUGGGGGACAAGAGCAUCAUGAUUGAUAGAUACGAUGGACGUGGUCACUUACAUGACCUUUCAGAGUAUGAUAGCGGGUCAUGGAAUACAUCCUAUCAGCUGUCGGAGGAAGAGGCCAGGAUUGAGGCGCUGUGUGACGAGGAGCGGUACCUAGCUUUACACACCAACCUGCUGGACGAGGAGGCAAGACAAGAGGAGGAGUACAAGCGUCUAAGUGAAGCUCUGGCUGAUGAAGGCACUUACAAUGCAGUGGCCUUCAAAUACAGCGCUGACUACUAUGAUCCCUCACAACCUACAGAGGAGGAGGAUGCCAAAAAGGAGCAGGAGGAGGCUGAGCCAGAGGAGAAUGAAGAACCAUUUGUUGCUCCCGCAGGACUUGAUAUCCCACCUGAUGUGGAACUGCCAGCAACCAUCAAGACUCACAACAUCAUUGAGAGGACAGCCAAAUUUGUGUGCCAGCAGGGGGCUCAGUUUGAGAUUGUGCUGAAAGCGAAGCAGGCCAAUAACUCCCAGUUUGACUUUCUUCGCUUUGAUCAUUAUCUGAACCCGUAUUACAAGCACAUCCUGCGGGCCAUGAAGGAAGGUCGAUACAACCUUGCCUCUGACAAAAAACAGGAGCAAUCGCAGGCAGAAUCAAAUUCAGACGAUUCUGAUGAUGAUGGAGAUGGCAGCUACCUCCAUCCGAGUCUCUUUGCCCCUAAAAAGUGCUCUCGCCUGGAGGAGAUUACAAAGCCAUUAAAGAUUAUGGAUCCAGAUCAUCCCCUGGCAGCAAUUGUACUGAAAGCCCAAAAGGAAAGAAACGGCAUGGCAGCACCAGUCACGAACAUAGAGGAACCUAAACCCACUACAGUAACCCAGUACUCAGCUGACCCAAUUUAUUAUGGCUACUACAUGCUUCCAGAUGGUUCAUACUGCUUAGCCCCACCUCAACCAGGUGUAGAUGCCACCUCGUAUUAUAGCAGUAUGACUUCAGCUGCCAUUUCGGCUCCACCUUCUUCUGAAGCUUUGCUCCAAGUUGGGACAACUGCACCUGCUGAAACUGUCACAGUGGCAGCUCCACCUACAGCCGCCUCACAGGUCUCCAGUUCUGUUGCUGCUGCUGUAAACGUACCAGAAGUAAGCUCAAAGGUCGAAGCGCCGGUAUCCACACCAGCACCAGCCAUCAUUCCCCCACCGCCUGACAUCCAGCCAGUCAUUGACAAGUUGGCUGAGUAUGUUGUGAGAAAUGGUCUAAAGUUUGAGGCCAGCGUCCGUGCCAAGAAUGAUCCCCGGUUUGAAUUUCUGCAGUCUUGGCAUCAGUUCAAUACAUAUUAUGAGUUUAAGAAGAAUUACUUCAUGCAAAAGGAAGGGAAAGUAUUGCUGCAGGAUGGGACAGAUGACUGCAAUACACUUCAAACAGACAAGGAGGAGGAGUACAAGCUAACAAAAGCCUCUUUUGCCCCCAUCUCUUUCGCCAUCAAGCCAAAGGAAAAUGACAUGCUGCCUCUGGAGAAGAACAGAGUGAGACUGGAUGAUGACUCUGAUGAGGACAAGUUUUUGGACGAGAAAGGGCUGGAAGCUGUGAUGGGUGAAGCUUUGAUGAUGGACAAGGACCCUCCCCUGGUCAGUGCACCUGAAGAGAAAAAACCCAGCCUUAGUGUGGAAGAGUUGGAAGCAAAGCAAGCCAAGCUGAAACUGGAAGAUCGUCUGGCAGCUGCAGCCAGAGAGAAGCUGGCCCAGGCAGCUAAGGAGUCCAAGGAGAAACAGCUACAGGCGGAGAGGAAGAGGAAGGCAGCCCUGUUUCUGCAGGCCCUCCGCACCCCCGUCGCUGGCGAGCCUGAGGCCAAGAGAGCUGAGCUAGAGUCAUGUGCUCAAUUUGAGCUGGAAGAUGCCUUCUCAGCUCUGUCUGAUCUUGCACCUUCUCAAGGCUGUCAUCCAUCUGCUGUGCAGCCUCAAGAUCAAAGGUUCUUCCUGGAGAACCGUGAAGCCAACCGCACGAGGGGAACCCCAACCCGUUCGUCAUCAUCAGCCUCUCACACCAUGUCCAAAGACCGAGACAGAGAGAGGAAGAGGGAUAGAGAAAGAGAAAGAAAUCGGGACAGAGACCGAAAUAGGGACAGACUGAGAGACAGAGACAAAGAUCAGAACAAAGGAAGGGAUAAAGACAAAAAGAAGAAAAAGCACAGGAGGUCGAGGUCACAGUCGAGAUCGAAAAGCGGACCCUCACUUCCCACUGCCUACAAGAGAGGCCGAAGGUCCCGAUCUCGUUCACACUCCCCAGGGAGAAGGGACAGGAGGGGGCACUCGUCAGAAAGGAGACUUGAGGAGAGAAAUCGUUACCAUCACAGCAGUAGCUCCAGCAUGCCCAAGGGUCAUUCGAGAUCCAGGUCUCCUACUGAACAUAAAAGAAGUGUAUUGAAAGGACAGGUACAAGCUGUAGGUUCUUCUGUCUCAGCAUAUUCCUCACCCGGACUUUUGUCCCCAUCACCUAGCCCUGCAUCCAGCCUGGGCCACUCAAGGGGUGGUUCUCAAGAGAAAGACAGUGCUGUGUCUUCGUCCAUAGUGUCCUCUGUGCAGUCCAAAAUAACUCAGGAUCUGAUGGCCAAAGUGCGAGCCAUGCUUGCCUCCUCCAAAACCUUCCAGCCUCCCACUUCCUGAAAAAAGCUACUUGUGGCCACGUCGAACUCUGCCGCUCAAAGAGCGCUGUUCUCCAGCUUCCUGGAGAUCCAUCUGGCCCUGCAUUUGUGUCUGUCAGCUUUGUCUUCAUCUGAGAUAUAUAGUUUUCUUUCUACGUGAGUGUCAGCAGGGUCCGUUUCACUUCACUCUGUCCUCUGAAGUGUCAAACAGCCGAAGUAAGCCGGAGCUGUGGUGGAGCUGGAGCGUUGGGGUUCACACUUGGCUGGAGAAGAUGGUUCGUUUGCUGAGAGAUUUAGUCCCAGCUGAGAGGGGUUUUUUUUUGUCAU